AUGCCGAGUGCGAGACGACGUCGAUUUUCAGUCCAAAAUGAAAUGAUAAAUCAUGAUACUGUAAAAUUGCAAAAUGAAACCCAAAUCAGCCAACAAGAUUUCAAUUUAGAUAUAAAUACACCCCAGCACUAUUUUGGAGGACAUAAAACAAGGUAUCGAAACAGAAUAAUACCCAAUACAUCGAAAAGGUCAUCCUGCUUAGAAGUCCUUACUGAAUGUAAAAGCGCCACAUCAACGUCAAUUAUUCAAAAUCAGACAUUAACAUCGGAUAAAGAAGUAACAGCAAGUUCUAGUAAUAUUAAUCUUUUCACCAUUUUUAACUCCCCUAACUGUCUUGCUGUUGUUGGCUCCAAGGAUAAAGAAGACAAUGAAAAAGAUCUCAAAAAAGCUAAUGUAGAACACAUUAUGCGCAGAGACAGAACUCCACGUCGAGAUAAAUAUCUUCACCGUAUAAAAGUUAGAAGUCCUAAACGCAAAGCACCAGUAAUUGAUAAAAAUCCUAAGAAGCGAUCAAUUGGUAUAAAUUCAACAAAUUUUGACAUAGAAACACAAAGUCAACAAAGUUUACAGGUUGAAGUUUUAAAAGAAGUUAUAGAUGUUGGUGAAAACACCGAAGAAGAUGAAAGAUUUAGCAAUCAUUCUUUAGAGGAUAUGUGUCGUAUUUGUCAUAGUGGAGAAGGAGUUUCAGCGGAACUAGGGAAUCUUAUUUCAGCGUGUUCCUGCAGAGGAACUAUUGGAAGAGUUCAUAUAAAAUGUUUGGAGCGAUGGCUCACCGAAUCAGGGAAGUCACGAUGUGAAUUAUGUGGAACAAAAUACAUAACCCGCCGUGUUCAUAAAUUUGGAGUCUUGAAAGCUAUUGCUAUGUGGAUUCUCAGUCAUAACUCUAAACAUAUGAUCGUUGACUUCUUUGGCAUUUUGAUAAUGACACCAAUAGCGGUGGUAGCUGCAGGAUUAACGGGAAGGACCUUUGCUGGUCUUAUGGCACAGGAUCACCUUACACCUUGGCCUCUAGCCUCGACAUUCGUACUAGCUUGUAUGACUCUGGUGUGUUAUUACUGCUGGAUAGUCUCAGCCUUGACUCGUCACGCACUCGGAUGGUGGAUCUGGUACAGGUCUCACUACGAAGUGAGACUUCAAUUGCAAGAAAAUGAAUCGUAA